AUGACAACCACAACCACCGACACCGUCGCCGAAACCGUGCAAAACAUCCCCCUCACUGAAACACCACACGCCACCACAGUCGACGCUCCUCCACACCCAUCACCAGCAGCAACCCUCAAGCUCAUCAGCGUCGGCUUCUCCUUCUUCGUCGCCGGCGUCAACGACGGCAGCACGGGCGCCCUGCUGCCGUACGUCAUACGCGAAUACGGCAUCAGCACCGCCAUCGUGUCCAGCGUAUACGGCGCCAACUUUGCCGGCUGGUUCUCGGCGGCCGUCGCCAACGCCCAUCUAUGCUCGCAUCUCGACCUCGGGGCCAUGCUCGCCCUCGGCGCGGCGUGCCAAGUCGCCGCGCAUAGCCUCCGCGCGUGGGACCCCCCGUUCGGCCUGUUCGUCGCCACCUUCUGGCUCGUGAGCGUCGGCCAGGCCUUCCAGGACACGCACGGGAACACGCUGGCGGCGGGCGUCGCCGGCGCGCACCGCUGGCUCGCCGCCAUCCACGCCGCCUACAUGGCCGGGUGUCUCGCCGGGCCCUUUGCCGCCACGGCCGUGGCCGCCGCCUCGCGGUGGCACCUGUUCUACGCGUUCCCGCUGGCCGGCGGACCGGGACCGGGACCGGGGCACGCGGCCGUCGAGAAGCGGCGAGGGGGCGCGACUGCCGCCACGCCGAGCGUGUGGUUUCUGUGCGCCUUCUUCUUCUUCUACCUGGGCUCGGUGCUGACGGCCGGCGGCUGGGUGGUCGAGUAUCUCGUCGACGUGCGCCGCGGCAGCCUUUCGCAGGUGGGAUACGUCCCGGCCGGCUUCAGCGGCGGCGCGCUGCUGGGCCGGCUGUUGCUCGCGGAGCCUACGCACCGGUUUGGCGAGCGCGGCAUGGUCUUUGUCUAUUGCCUGCUUUCUACCGCCCUCCAACUUGUCUUUUGGCUUGUACCAAACAUCAUUGCUGCCUCCAUCGCCGUAAGCUUCAUCGGCUUCUUCACCGGCCCGCUCUUCGCAACAGGCAUAUCGCUCGGGUCCAAGCUUUUCCCUCGGCAUAUACACUCCACGGCGCUGGCGCUGGUGUUUGUCUCUGCCCAAAUGGGCGGCUCAUUGUUCCCCGUCAUCACGGGCGUCGUGUCAUCCAACGCCGGAGUACAAGUGUUGCAGCCCAUCCUGGUCGGGCUGCUCGCCGCCACCGCCAUCAGCUGGCUCUGUGUCCCUCGACCGAAGGACUCUGCACACGCAGGGCUGCACCAAGAGUAG